UGUCGGCUGACGUCAGGUCAACCGUGUACUGUUACGGCGUCAUGAACGGCAGUCAGAACGCCUGGGACGUCGUGUACAACGCUUCCCUCAACAGAUCAUUGUCCUCCAGUCAUAAGAAGGCGUUAGAUCGGGCACUGGGGUGCGCAAGUGAGCCUUCGAUGAUUGAACGGCUGCUGGAACGAUUCCUUCCUGCCGGGACGCCCGAUCUGGGCCAGAGAGACGCCAUCUUGUAUACCCUGACCAGAUCUCACCGUGCCAGGGACGCCGUGUGGACGUACAUCCAGGAACAUCCCAACAGGCAGAAGUUCGAUUUACGGCCCAUUCUUGCUGGAGCUAAACACCUGCAUAAAUCAGAAGUGUUUACACAACAGCUGGCAGAAAUGUUUCUCAACGCCACCGGCGGCGAUGCGACACUGCGGGAUGAAGCUCUGAGUUCAAUAAGAAGCAAGAUGGCCGCCUUCAGGGAGCUUGAGUCUCAUCUUGAAGUCUGGCUGACAGAGGCUGGAUAUUCUUCAUACAUUUCAUAGUCCUAUGUUUGAUUGACGGUUUAAUUAAUUUAUGUAUUUACAACGCUUGCUGAAGUAAGUUCUGCAGAUUUGAUUUUUGUUUGUUUGUUGUUAACGCCGCAUACAGCAAUAUUCCAGCAAUAUGGCGGCGGUCCGUAAAUAAUCGAGUCUGGACCUGACAAUCCAGUGACCAACUGCAGAUUUGAACAUACAUACGAUGUAUUGCUCAUGUGUAGCUUGUGAGAGUAGCUGUGUUUUCGCCACUUUUAAUACCAGAAAAUGGCUUCUCAUAUUUUACCUAUGUCGGGAUUCGAACCUGAGUCUUCAUUGCGGAGAACGAACGCUUUAACUUAGGCUACACAACCAUCUCGCUUUUGGCAUGGACUUUUUUUAUCCAUAUGAAAAAGCUAUCAGUUUUUGUGAAUAAAAAUUCUAAUG